CCGAUCGCCGUCAUGGCUCCGGGUCCCGCUGUGCACGCUGCUCCUGCUACUGGCGCCGCUCCUGCUGGGCGCUGCGCAAGGCGUCCAUGCGGAGCUCAUCUGGAAGUCUCUCACUGGCCACUGUCCUUUCUAAAGAAGUCACUUGCCUUCCCGAGUCCGCCUGCCCUGGGCUGCUGGGGACUCUCUGGGAGCUGAGAGAAUGGUACUCUUCAGGCAGCUGUCCCUGGGUUCCAAGGCUGCCCUGGCUGCAGCCACUGUCUUCGUGUCCAUGAUCCUCUCCCGCUCCUUUCUGGCUGAGACUCUCGAGCUCCGGGCCUGGCGCUGGCUGUUCCGCCUGCAGCUGGCCCUGUUUGUCAACUCCCUCAUGCUCAUUGGUUCCUUGUACAUCUGGCGGAGCACGGUGAGCAGCCUCAGCCAAUCCCCUGCCGUGGAAUCCACCUGUUUCCAGCUUUGGAAGCUGGUUGUCGUGGCAUUUCUGGCCCUGGCACAUUCCAGUUUCUUCACCAUGCUCUUCCUGGUGGCCGAGGAACCCUAUGUGUUUUCCUUAGCAGCCUACUCCUGCCUGGGUGCUUACAUUAUUAUGGUUUUCUUCCUUUGUAUCUUGAACGCCAUGGAGCAGGCCUACCAGUUCUUAGCCUGGCGCACCGGUAGGGUGGUGGGCAGCCUUGACAAGACAAGGCACCUGGUGCUCAGGCCUGCCCUGGCGGUGGCAGUGACAGCCGUACUCAGUACCAUUGGCCUUCUGAAUGCUGCCCAGCCCCCAGUGGUGAAAACCGUGGAGGUGCCCAUCCAUCAGCUACCCGCCUCUAUGAAUAACCUCAAGAUUGUGCUCCUUUCGGACAUUCACUUGGGGCCCACGGUGGGCAGAACCAAGAUGGAGAUGUUUGUGAGGAUGGUGAACAGGCUAGAGCCCGACAUCACCGUGAUCGUGGGUGACCUCUCCGAUUCGGAGGCCUCCACCCUGCGGACGGCAGUUGCUCCUUUGGGCCAGCUCCGUGCCCGUCUGGGCACCUACUUCGUCACGGGGAAUCACGAAUACUACACGUCGGAUGUCAGCAACUGGUUCGCACUGCUAGAAUCCUUGCAUGUCCGACCUCUGCAUAACGAGAACGUGAAGAUUUCUGCCCCCAGGGACCAGGACGGUGGUGGGGCUGAUAAAGAGUGGGUCUGCCUGGCGGGCGUGGAUGACAUAGAAGCGGACAUCCUUCACUACGCCGGCCACGGCAUGGACCUUGACAAAGCUCUGGAGGGCUGCAGCCCAGACAGCGCCACCAUCUUGCUGGCUCACCAGCCUCUGGCUGCCAAGAGAGCCCUCCAGGCUCGGCCAGAUAUAAACUUAAUUCUUUCUGGGCACACUCACGCCGGGCAGAUCUUCCCCUGGAAUGUCGCAGCCUAUCUCCUGAACCCUUUCUUUGCUGGACUCUACCAAGUAGGCCAGGCUACAUUUGUGUAUGUCAGUCCAGGCACAGCCUACUAUGGGAUACCCAUGAGGUUGGGGAGCAGGGCGGAAAUCACAGAACUCAUCCUGUGGCGGGCUCCCUAAGCCUGCCUCAGUGGUCCUGCCCUGUCUUGUCCUUACCCAACACCUUUGUCCAUCUCCUGCUCCAGUCUAGCCCUGCCAGAACCCUUCGGCCACAGCCUGCUGGGAACAGCGACUUGCAAGGGAACCACCCGGCUGCCUGACAAGUUCAGGCUGAUUAAACUCUUCAGAUAAUCA